CUUUAGGAAAACCAGACUUAGUAGCUACCAAUAUAGAAAUGGCAAUGAGCUGGCCAUGUAUAUGUUUGUUUAUUUUCCUAAAGCUAAUUGUCUCCGCGAGGAAAAUGGGUGCGUAUUUCUUUCCUCAGCGGAGGUAGGUCCUUCGCCUUGCCAAUCAGCGCAGCACCGCGGGACUGAGGGUGGGAGGAGAGUGUGAUCCUUUCACCCCAGUAAGGGGCUGCUCUCGGCACAGGCCAGGUCCCAAAGCGCGUCGCUUGUCGCUGUGCUGCUGCCCCCCCUCAGCUUUUCCCGACGUGGGAGCGCUAGAGCUCAACCCCCUCAGCAGCCUCUGGCGGCCGGGUGGGGCUACGCCUCUGGCCGCCUUCUGUGCUGCAGCGAGAUGAGGGGUCAGCAGCGAUAGAGCCCGCUUGCCCGGCCGUGCUUUGGCGCGAGAGGAUUGAGCCGCUCCCAGGCAAACCCAGCCGCCGCUCGCUUUUCCCGCUUGUAGCUCCGGGCGGGCCCCGCAGCCUGGCUCCCCUCAGCUCCGGGCUGGGCAGCACGGACGCCGCGGCGGGGGCGCUCCGCGCACACGUAGUGCCGCCGGCGGGGCUGGGAGCCUAGUGGCCGAGCCCAGCCCUGAGUGAAACCCGCGCCUCGGCUCCUGCGGGCGGGGUGCUGGCGCGGCAACCCCACGUGCGGCGCGGAUCCCCCCUCCCCGGGUGGGGCUGGCGGCCCCCGCUCAGGGUCUCCCUCGGAUGGCGUUAAUCCGGAGCAGUAAUCAGGCGCUUCCUGGAGCAGUCAGCCGGGGGCAGAUAAUCCCGGGCCAAGCUGUGCCGAGAGGGGAUUGCCUCGCUCGGGGGCGGGAUCAGCCGGCGGCCGCGGCUCAGCGAGGUCACUUCUUAGCGGGCGGGCAAGGCUCCCAGCCAUGAGGGGCUGCUGGGGCGCUGCCGCUAAGCAGCUUAGAUCCCGGCAGAUGUUGCCAGCUCCCACCACAGGCGGAGGGAGAGCCCGAGGGGCCCGGGAAACACCUCUAGCUCGGCGGGAAGAGGAGGGGGCUUGCCCUGGUGACUGGCACCCGCCGCCUUGCACGAUGAGGGGGGCGUGAAAGGUUGCACGGCGGCAUCUCGCCACAGCAGGCGCGCUCCGGACCCCGGCUGAGGAGCUUGGCAGCUGGAGUGGAGGGAGUUUGUCUCUGAUCGCCCCUCUCCGCCUCCUCUCACACCCUCUGCUGCUCUGCCCGGGGCAGCACUCACAGGAGCUCUAGGGGGAGAUGGCGAAAAUCAGAGUGUCUUACGAGUACACAGAAGCCGAAGACAAAAGCAUCCGGCUCGGCUUGUUCCUGAUCGUCUCCGGCAUCGUGUCGCUCUUCAUCCUGGGCUUCUGCUGGCUCAACCCCGCUUUGCAGGAUUUGCAAGGAAAAGCUGCCAACUGCACGGUGCUCUCGGUGCAGCAGAUCGGGGAGAUGUUUGAAUGCACUUUCACGUGCGGCGCGGAUUGCAAGGGCACCUCGCUCUACCCCUGCCUCCAGAUCUACGUCAACAACUCGGAGUCGAACUCCAGGGCGCUGCUGCUGCACCAGGACGAGCACCAGCUCAUCGCCAACCCCAAGUGUUCAUAUAUUCCUCCCUGUGAAAGAGAAAAUCAGAAGAAUUCUGAAAUUGUCACACACUGGCAGGAAUACUGGAAAGUGGAAGUGGGUUCACAGCCAUUUACAUGUUAUUUUAAUGAGCAUCUAAGACCAGAUGAUGUGCUGCUUAGGCGUACCCACGAUGAGACAGUCCUCUUGCAUUGUUUUCUCUGGCCUCUGGUUACUUUUCUGGUAGGAGUCCUAAUUGUGGUCCUGACAAUCUGUGCAAAGAGCUUGGCUGUUAAAGCAGAAGCAAUAAAAAAGAGGAAACAGUCAUAAAUGGAAAAAGUCACUGAAGAUGAAGGAAAAAGCUGUAAGAAAAGUCAAAAGUGGUAAAUCCAACAUAAGCUGCACUUCUCCAGUGCACCCAGAUAUGCCCAUUACCAGGGUACUGUUGGACUUUGGCGUUGCUGAUGCCUGAGGAUUAUUCUUGGGGGACAGCUUUAUGAAAUGUCAAUUAAUUGCUUCUUCUGCCAAGACAGUAAACAAGAAUAUUCCACCAAAAGAUUAUAAACUGCACCAAAUAUAUUGUACUGUAUUAGACUAAACUUGAACAAUGGCUAUUUAUCCAGGUCUGUCUUGUACUGAGAGACAGUAUGAGAAAACCCAAAAUGUGGUUAAUUUAAUCUUCACAGAACAAACUUUGUUGUUAGUAUUUGGUAUUAAAUAUUAAAAAUAUUAUUUACUUUAUCAUAGAUUGUGUUUCUGAAAUAAUAAAGGAUGAUGGUUUUGUUUUUUUACCUUUGUUCAAUGUUUUUUUUAAUUUUAAUUUAAAGCUCAAAAAUAACAUAUUCCACUUAUUUUAUUUCUUUUCACUGUACUGGAGUGUUUCAUUUUGAAAUUGACACUGGCUUUACAUAAAAUUCUUCUUUCAGCGUUUGUUGUUUAUUAUUAUUGCAAAUUAAGAUCCCUGAGGAAUUUUUCUUUUUUAAUUGGAAAACAAAUACUGACUUUUAUCUGAAAGAGAAAAACAAUGCUCGGAAUAAUCCUGUUGACUCAGUAGCUGUUCUGUGAGUUCUCUUAGCAUUAUCAGGUUCACAAAGUGGUGAUAUAAACUACAGAGAUCUUUUUUGGUAGUAGAGAUCGCACUAAGGUGCUGUGUUAUACUUGUAAUCACAUACUUAAAUUAGAAAGUGCAAUGGGCCAUGGAGUCACUUUAUGUCAUUUAGUUCAAGUGAUAGUCAAAAAGAAUAAGAUUUCAAUUUUUUACAGGUUCUUAGAACAUGUCAGUCAACAACCAUUGUCACAAUUACUCACUCCAUCGCUGUGAACAGUUUUAAGUCUUGGCAAAAAGAUGCUUUUCAACAUUCAAGUUAAGAUGUGCUAGUAACUGAAGAACUCAGUAUCUGCUUUCCCUAUCUUACUCUGCCAUUUCCAUUUUUUGCAUCAUAAAUCUGAAAGGGUAUGUCUACACUACCCCGCUAGUUCGAACUAGCGGG